CCAGCAAAAACAAAAUCAUUUACAUGACCAACAGGUCGGCAUGGUCAGAAUAUCACGUGAUGAUGUGACCAUUCGCUAAAUAAGCGAGUUUUGUUUACAAAAUAUGUACUGCAGUAUAGCUAAUAAGCGAUGCAUUUAGAACAGUAUUGACAUAUAUAUGUUUAUCGUGUUGGUAAAAAAUGAAAUUAGUGUCCAAGUUAUCUAAAGAGUAAAUUGAUAGAUAAUAAUCUGCCCAAAUAUUCAAGCAGGUGCGCGUGUUUAUCAGCUGAUUAAUAGCCGAGCAGUGCGGCGUUUUAGAUAUGCGCGUUACGCCAAGUAGUAAAGCAUAUUAUAUGCGGGGCUUACUAACAAUCGAAUGGACAAUGUUUUAGAUAUCCGUUAUCGGAUAAAAUUAGAUUUUCGGAAAACGAAAGUAAUUCGUUUCUCCUGCUCGGUUAUAGUAUCAAUAUGGGACAUUUGAUUUAUGACGAAAAUACAAAGAUAUUUAAGACAGACAAAAUAUUGUCAAUAUCUCUUGAGUUUUAACAAAACAUGUUACUCAAUUUUAGGUACCAUAUCAAUUACAAAUAUGGCGUCUGGUUCGGAGUCUGAGGCCCCAUACGGGAAAAGCUUACCAGGGGACGCUAUCUUGAGAACAUUUGAAAAACGGAUGGAUGAAUUUUCAGGAAUAGCCAAGUCCGUUGCAGAGAUGCACAAAUCUAUGCAAGCAUUGAAAGAUGAUGUCAAUGAUUUAAAAAGAAAAACAACAACCAAUAUGGAUGAUGGGCAAAGUUCAGCAAAAAGGGUAUGUGAACAGAAGUCCGAUUCAGAAACAGAUUCUGAAGAACUUCAAGAAGAGACGGAUGCACAUAGCACUCAGGGGAAAGAUAAUGAUGACAUUGAUAUAUUUCUUUCGGGGGAGCACUCUAACGAUGAAGAUGAUGCAUCCUUUCUCCAGGAUCUGGAAGAAUUUUAUACAGAAGAUUCAGAAGUAGGCCCGGAAGUUGACGAAAAACUAGCACAUUUAACAACAAGUGCUCUGCAAGCUAAUCUAAAAGAAAAAGAUGAAGCAAAAAUCAAAGAGAUCAAAGACAGACAGAAAAGGCCUAAAAACACACCGUGGCUGCAAGUCCCACAAAUUGAUGACUUUCUUUGGCGAAGAUUAAAUCCAAAAGUGAAAGCAGCGGACUACAUUCUACAAAGAUGUCACGGAUCAAUGGCUGCUACACUUGUUCCCCUCACAAAAGCUUUGGGACAAGUCCAAAAUUCUAAUAACAAAGAAUUAAAACAAAACAUUGGAGACGCCUUUAAGCUUCUGACAAACGCCAUAAACAAGAACAUUCAAACGCGUAGAGAGAGAAUACGCAGAACAGUACACCCAAGAUACAGAAAUGCCAUUCAAAAACAUCAACAUUCAGCUGGGAAACUCUUUGGUGACAAUCUACAGGAAGAGGCAAAAUCACUUAUAUCGGAAUCAAGGGUCAAUCUAAUGUACAACAGCACUGGUCAAACUCAGCAGUCUUUUUUAGACCAACGUCGGGGCCCGAGAUAUCACGGCCCAAACCGUCAAAACAACCAGCACAACAACCAACACAAACAGAAUUUCAACAACUACCCAAAAAAGAUGGGACAUCAAAACAGAGGGGGAAAACAAAAACGAUUCUACAAAACACAAUAAAAUCUGCUACCAAAACUACUACAGAAGGUGGAAGAAAACAAGGCAAAGGCAAUUCUAAUAGCGCCAAUCUGGCCAACACAAAACUGGUGGCCGAACCUAUUGAAUCUCAUAUGCGGCCCUUGUCAUCUUCUACCAAGUCCA